AUGAAUGCCCUUGGCCUCUUUUCUCUCUUCGCUGGGCUUGCCCAAGCUGGACCCGGCAGUGUUGGUGUUGGCGUCGGGGCGGGUCCAGGCUUGGCAGGUUUGAGUAUGUCCCAGCGAACUGCGUUGCAAGACCUCCACUGACUAUCCUAUCAGCUGCUUGUCUCGACACUGUGACUGUUACCUUGCUACCGUCGGACUACAGUGGCAGCUUAUUGUCGAUUCCCACAAAUAUCUGGCCAUCUCUACCGACACUCAGUAACCCGGUUGCUCUUCCCACCAUAUCUCUCGGGAUCAGUGUGCCCACACAACUCCCAAGCCUGUCACCCCCUGCGAUAUCCGUACUGUCUACAAUUCCGCCGCUGCAGUCGCUCCUCCCGUCCGGUGCAUUGGAUCUUCCGACCAUUACGCUGCCGCUGUCAGCUAGCGUGCCCACGAUACCUCUGCCUUCUGGCACUCCGGUGUCCUAUGCUUGUCCUGAAGAUGACCUCACGGUUAUCAUCGAGAAUCAACUACCCUACGUCCUCCGGUGUAGUGCCACGGCAGUUGGAAAUACAUACGCACAAGUGCUUGCUGCAGACUCUUUCAACGAUUGCUUCUUGCAUUGCGAUCAGAGCAGUACAGAUGGCGGUGCCGGCUAUUGUACCGGUUUCUACUACGAGGGCGUAGCGGACGGAGAGGGUGCGGGAACAUGCUACCUCCAGAAUUCAGUUCUCCAAGCCCUCUCGGACGUAAGUGGCAGUGGUUCGUCCACUGCUACUGCCGGCUCAAGCGGUGGUACCUUCUCUGCCAACCGCUUUAUCGCUGCAGUCCGGCUGCUCAACUAUAUCGCUGGAGGUGGUAGUGCGCUGCCUACGCUUGCGAGUGACCUGGCGGCCCUGACGACUUUGCUCCCACCCGCUGCUAGCGUGUCGAACAUUCCUCUGACCACAGAUCUGCCAAAUGCCAUCUCCUCACUUGCUGGCGGCGCAACUCAACUGCCCGGGGAGGUCUCAAGUCUGCUCGCACCACUGACGACCGUCCUACCAAAUGGAGUCUCUGCCAUCAUCUCGGAUCUAAACCAGCUGUCGACUGUGGUCCCACAAACUACCCGGCUCCCAGGAGCCGUAUCCUCUCUGCUCGCCGAAGUAUCUGCAGCUCUGCCGACGGAUCUUUCAAUCACGACCCAAAUCCCAGGAGCCGUUUCUUCGAUUCUGGCUGGAGUCUCAGCAGCCCUGCCUACGAAUCUCCCCAUCACCAGCGACCUUCCGAUCUUCAUCUCGUCUCUUCUCAAUGGGGUCAGCUCUGACUUAAACGCUCUAACGGGCGUGUUGCCUCAGUCGACACAGCUUCCUGGAGAGGUAUCCUCAAUUCUGGCUGGAGAAACUGGCGCUUUGCCCACCAACUUACCGCUCACGACUAUUCUCCCGAACGGUGUGAGUCUUGUCAUCUCAGACCUGACGCAGCUCUCGACCUUAACACCAUCGAACCUUGUACCCACAAAUCUCAUCCCAACAGCAACGCCAAGCCUUCCAAACGUCGCUGGAGGCCUUUCCAGCGAGAUUGCGGGCUUGACAUCAGUGAUUGGAGGCUUGCCCACGGUCAUACCGAUUCCACCACUGCCACUCAGUAUCCCGUCCUUGAGCCUUCCCAAUUUGGGAGAUUUGACGACAGUCGUCGGAGGCUUGACAACAGUGCUACCGAAUCCAUCCCUGAGCAUUUUUCCAUCACCCUCCUUGCCAUCGAACGUCGUUCCACGCAUCUCUAGUGUCCUUUCCGCGGCAGUCGGCGAACUGUCCGGUUUGACAACCGUCCUCAACAAUGGCCUCACCACCGUAAUCCCACCCGCCCCGGCGCCAACCAACGCAAUCAACAGUCUUCUGACGAGUGCUCUAGGAGCAGGCGUGUCCAGCAAUCUCGGAGCAGUGACCAGCGCUCUCGGCAAUCUCGGAGGUCUAUCGACGCUGGUCUCAGUGCCCUCAAUCAUCAACCUCCCCAGCGUCACAGGCGGAGAUCUUUCCCCAACAACCCACGGAAAUCCUCUAACCAAUCUGCUCCCCGAAAGCCGAGGGUCUACCCCAACUUCAUCAUCGGGCAUCAUUACCAUUCCUACCGCAACAUCUAUCCCCGUGUUUUCUUGCCCCAACGACAAUGGUCUCACGUAUGUGUCGCCAGCCGGUGAUCCCUUCCGGAUCCAGUGCAGCGUAAAUUUCCCAGGCUACACGGUCUCUACGGCCCUACAGACUAAUCUCGAAACCUGUGUGAACUCGUGCGCUGAUGUGCCGGGCUGCACAGGCGUCACCUAUCAGCCAUCCAGCUAUACUUGCUCCUACAAAUCCGCAGUGGGAAGCGGAACACCCGACCAGACAUACGACGGAGCGGCGCCCGUGGAUCUCAGUUGUCCAAAUGCGAGCGGAGCUUUCUACAUUGACAGCUGGGGUUCUGACUACAAGAUUAUGUGCAACUACUCUUUCCCUGAUAGCACCAAUCUCACCUCGACAAGUAUCUCGAAGAGGAGCGUGGAUCUUCUGGAUCAGGGUCUUACUCUGGAAGAGCGAGAACUCGCCAGGCGUGCAGACAGCGAUCAGAUCAUCGGUUGCAGUUCUCUCUGCUCAAGGACGCCGGGAUGUCUUGCUGUCAACCAGGACGGCGAUACGUGUACGCUCAUCAGCAGCCUGGGCCCCACGGGUGGCGCGUCCAACACUGCAGACACCGUCAUCCUGGUGGUCAAGCGGCUUGUCUUCGUCAAUGCCUUCGGCGUCCCGGUUACUUCAACUAGCACCCCUGCCUCAGUGCCGACUAUUGUCACCUCUCGACCCAUUUCGGCGAUCAACAACAUUCCUGCGACAACAAUUUCCAGUGUUCCUCUGAGUUCCGUAGUCGGCGCCGCUAGUUCUUCUGUCCUUGGGGGCGUCGGCAACGGCCUUUCGUCACUUCUGAAUGGUGCGGGAUCAGGUGCGACUGCCACUGGCGGGAGCGGCUCUGUCACUACUGCAAGUCCACUGGCGAGCGUAGUUGUCGGUGUUGGUGCUGGUGCAUCCAGCGUACUUGCAGGCGUGGGAGGCGUUGUUGGCGGGCUUGGCGGCAACAGCGGCGGAGCGGCAGCUACCUCUUCCACCAGCAGUAGCCGUGCGCUCACAACGAUUGUCGUGCCCGUGACGACUCUCAUUACUACAGAGACGGUGACUUCCUGCAGCACGAGAUUUUUGGGUGGUUUGGUCUGCCCGACGGUAGCUCUGACUAGCACCUUGGUGGGUAGCAGAACAACUGUCGCUUACGCCACACCGUCGACACUAUCCACCAUGACUCGGGUGACUUGGACAACAUCUGGCACGCCUUUGUACACGGCAACAGCUGCGGCCACCACCAACUGCGGAGCAUUGGUGAACAAUGUACUGCAGGCCUGUCCGACAGCUACGACAAGAGCAGCGUGUGUGGCAGGGGCUGUUUGCUUGGGGGGAGGCGGGAUUGGCCUCUAA